GAUUUGAUCCUCCGCGCAGAACAAGCUCACCCUCACCUCUGCCCCUUAGCCAGUUGUCCUCGGCCCUCGCGGGUGCCCGCAGAACCCUCCUGGUCCACCCCCGGGAGGUCAGAGCCCUUGCCCCGCACUCCCGGGACGGCCCGAGCAGGGCCGCAUCUGCGCAUCUGGGCCGUCGGAGAUCCAGCACCCCGCCGGAGUCAGUCCACCGGCAGCUCCGCCCUUCCAGGUGAUGGUGCGCCGCCACUGCGGCCCCUGGCGCGCUGUUGUGGGCUCCCCAAAUUGGGCCGGGGAGGGGGUUUUGGGCAACGCGCUGGCAGCCUCGGCAGUCGCCGAAACCAAACUCUGCAUCCCCCGGAAGACUCCAAACUCCUUGCCCUCCCCUACUAGGGGCUUCUGGAAACCGUUCCCCGACCGGAUUUGCUCUGAGAAGGGCCCGAGGAGAUCUGCGGACCUGGGCGAAGAAGCCCUGGGAUUUAAGCUGAGCAGACAAAAAUGGGCCCCUGCUAGGGGUUCGGCGGCUCGCGCGAGGGGCUCGGGGGCGCCGUGUCCUGGGAUGCCUCCGGCCGCGCCUGACUGGACCCAGCCCCCGCCUGGCCGCUUCCCGCCCUGGGCAUCAUGAGUUACUUCCUGUCUUACUGCAAAGCUCAUGGCGGCGCGCUGCUUACCGGCUACCAGGCCCUGCGCGCCGAGGGCUUUCUGUGUGACGUGACCCUGGAGGCCGAGGGCAGCGAGUUUCCGGCGCACAGGUCGCUCCUCGCGUGUUCCAGCGACUACUUUAGGGCCUUGUUCAAGAGCCACACCAGGGAGUCCCGGGCGCGCGUGAUCCACCUGCAUGUGCCCUCGGCGGCCGGCCUGCAGCGCUUGCUAGACUUCAUCUACACCGCCUGGCUGCCGCUCUCCAUGGACACCGUGGAGGACACGCUGGAGGCCGCCAGCUACCUGCAGGUCACUGAGGCCCUAGGGCUGUGCGGCCGCUACCUGGAGCGCCAGCUGGCCCCGGAGAACUGCUGCUUUGCCGCCAAUAUGGCGGCGCGCUUCGGCCUGGCGCACACGUUGGACGCGGCAGAACGCUGCAUCGUGCGCCACCUGAGGGAGUUGCUGGCGCGCGGCGCGGGCCCUGCAGGGCUGCUGGAGCUCAAUCCCGCGUCUCUCAGGGCCGUGCUGGGUGCCCCCGACGUGGCGCGGGUGCCUGAGGCCUGGCUGCUGGGCCUGGCGCUAGCCUGGUUGCGGGGCCUGGGUACGGGCGGCGAAGCGCUGGCUUCGGUGGAGAUGUACGACCUGCGCCGGGACCGCUGGACGGCAGCCGGGGCACUGCCGCGGGCGCUGCACGGCCACGCGGGAGCCGGGGAUCGCGGCGUCGUGUACAUCGGGGGCAAGGCGGGGAGAGGCGAGGGCGGCGCGAGCAGCCUCCGAGACGUGUUCGCCCUGGGCCGGGAGCAAGCGUGGAGCAAGAGGGCGCCCAUGGGCACGGCCCGCUUCGGGCACCACAUGGCGGCACUGCGCGGCGCGGUGUUCGCCUUUCUGGGGCGCUACGAGCCGUUCUCCGAGAUCGAGCGCUACGAUCCCGGCACCGACCAGUGGACUCGGCUGCGGCCGCUACCCUACGACCGCUUCUGCUACGGGCUGGCGGUGGUAGAGGAGACCGUACUGCUGCUGGGCGGCCUUAAGUGGCGGGACUCACGCCAGGUGCCUACCCGCAACGUGGUGGGCUAUGACCUCGACCUGGACCGCUGGGAGGACAUUGGCUGCGCGUUGCCCUGGGCCUGGAGCGGCCUGCAGUGCGCAGUGCUGCAGCUGGCCGACGGUGGGGACGAGGAGAGGGAGGAAGAGCCUGGAGAGGCUCCAGAUUUAGUGCUGGGCUUAAUAGGUUAGUGCAGCCUCCUGGCCACGGAGGAGCAAGUCACGCCUGACCAGGCUUACAGAGCAACACGUGGGCUUUUCCCAAGAAUGGGACUCUGAAAGCAGUGGCUUCUGAAGGUUAACGAGGCAAACAAGGACUUGGCCUAAGAGGAACAUUUUCCCUAAAGCUGAGAAUGGGAGACAAGAGGGGUCAAAUUUAGAAAGAUAUAUGAAUCAGCUCCAGUGAGCUGGGGAUUUCUAGAAAUUCUUAUGCUUGGCUAGAGAUGGACUUUCGAAAAUAAAAUAUGACCCUAUCUUCCCUCUUAAAGUAGUUCCUAGGUGCUAACCAGUGAUUGUUUUUCUGCCAAACAGCCAAAAAACGUACCAUAAGAAGUUGUAUACAACACCCAGAAAAUUGUUAGCUAUAAAGAGUGUGAUAAAUAGUUCUAGAAGAUGACAUUAUCUGAAUAAAUAGGGAAGGGAAAGUGCCUUGGUUAAACAUCAUGCAAUCAUUGUAGGGAGAACUAUGAUUUUAUGAUCCAGAAUCAUGAUUAUAGCUCUGCUCUGAUGGUUUAAUAUAAAUAUCCAACUGAGAGGGGAAAAAAAUCUCUAAAACAGCACCUUAUUUUUGGAGAAAAUAACUUAACUUUUUCUGUCCCUUAUCUUUAUUUACCCUAGUCUGCUUUUGUCCUGGCUUUAGGCAGCUCACUGGUUAAGUUUUAUUUCAGCAGCCGUAAUCAUCAGACUCCUCUGGUUUACUGGAUCAUCUAACAAAAGCGAAACAAAAUCCCAUUUCUUUCAUCCUCUUUAAAUGUUCAUUCAGCCGACAUGUUGUAGGAAUAUUUGUAAAAAAGUUUUUUAAACUUAUUUUUGGUGGUACCCCUCCCCUACCGUCUGCCCCACCUUCCCAAAGGAAUCACAGAGAAAGGAAAGAGGAGUAGGUGAAAUUUUAAAGUUCGUGUCAGGUAAAUGGGAAACCAGCUUGAUUUUGUAGGAUCUCAGAGAAGAUUCUUAUAUACACUGGACAGAUGCUUCUUCUGGUUUGUCCUACCAAUGACUUGAAACUGGGGGGUGGGGAGUGGGGAGAAGGUGGCUGUGUGAUUAGGUAACAAAGAAAUGUGGUGAGGACUCUGCAUGAAUAAAAUAGGUGCUUUAUAAGGAUUCAGUAAGAGCUGAAUUUAUUUGACUUCAGUUUACAGUGCUGCCUCUCUCCUAGAUUUGAAACUAAUGCAAUAAAAUGUACAGAUAUAUAGUGUUAAAA